CUCGAAGAAGAUUGUUCGCGCAGUGCAUUAUGGUGUCUGUACCGGCGGUUUGCUUGAUGUUUUCGCCUGGUUCGUCUAAUGUUAGCGUGAUGGUGGAAAGAAGAAUCAAGAACUAAUGUGUUUCUAACAACAGCUAGCCUCUGUGGAGAGGUGCACCGAUGCCAUGGCCUCCAGCCACAGCUCUUCCCCAGUGCCUCAUCCCAGCAGUGGUGGCAGCGAGGGGAUCUUCCGGAAGGACAGGGACCCUUCCUCACGACACUACAGGCCCGUCCACUCCCUGCCUGACGUCUGCCCCAAGGAGCCCACGGCCGAGGUAGCCCGGGGGCUGUGCGAGGGCCCGUCGGUGGUGGCCGACCAGCACAGGUGGACGGUGUACAACUCCAAGGUGAACCUCCCGGCCGCGCUGAACGACCCACGACUGGCCAAGAGGGAGUCUGACUUCUUCACCAAAACCUGGGGCCUGGACUUUGCCGAGACAGAAGUCAUGCCCUCCUUCUACCUCCCCAACAUCACAAAGGAACACUUUGGCCCCUACCUGCAGGAAACGGCUCAGAGGGAGAAAAUCCAUGAGCGAUGCAAGAGUAUCUGUUCCAACAAGGAUGAGCUGGAUGCUGUCUCCAGCAUCACAAACAACCACGACAAAUCAAGAACAGAGUUGGAGCAGGUGCCCAAGAUCUUCAUGAAGCCUGACUUUGCGCUAGACGACCCAACGACCUUUAACGCGGUCCUACCAUGGUCCCACUUCAACAGCGCUGGCGGGAAGAGCAGCAGGGACAUGGCAUCGUCACGGUUACUACAGGAAAAGCUGAGCCACUACCUCGACGUGGUGGAGGUGAGCAUCGCGCGCCAGAUCUCCCUGCGCUCCGAGGCUUUCUUCCACGCCAUGUCCUCCCAGCACGAGCUCCAGGACCGCCUCACCGAAACCGCCCGCGCCGUGGCAGUCCUCCGUGGCCGCACGGCCGCCAUCGAACGCAUCAUGUGCGAAGGCCCGCUGCGGGCACUGCGGCAGGCGCUGACGCGCUCCAACUGCGCGCGGCUGCACAACAAGCUGAAGCUGAUGGCGGCGGUGCAUCAGAGCCAGCCCACUGUGCAGCUGCUGCUCUCCACCUCGGAGUUCGUUGGGGCCCUGGAGCUCAUCGCCACCACCAAGGAGGUGCUGCAGCUGGAGCUGCAGGGGAUACACAGCUUCAGACACCUGGGCUCGCAGCUGUGUGAGAUGGAGAAGCUGAUAGACAAGAUGAUGGUGGAGGACUUUAGCAUGUACUCCAGGAGUGACCUCAGCAGGAGUCUGGAGGAAGACGGACAGGUCAUGGAGAAGUGGUCACAGAUGCAAUACAAACGUUCAGUCUCAAUAAAGGACAGGCUGGAGUCUCUGGUGUUUGGCUUGCUGAGGCAGCGGAAGCUGGAUUUUCUGGACAUCUACAGUGACGAGAUGAUCCUAGCAGCCAAAAGCAUCGUCACACAGUCUGUUGUCGACUCGGUGUCGCAGGUUGAAGAAAUUGACACUGACAUCGUCACGAAGCUGGCAGACCAGAUGCGUCUGAUGACCUUCCCCCAGUGGUUUGAGCUGCUGAAGUCCGUCUUUGAGAACUUCGUUCUCUUCCUGAAGAGGAUCAAGGCGACGCUGAGUGUGGUGAGGAAUGUCGUGCUGGAGGCGCUGGACAGCAACCAGAAGAGCCGUCUGCUGGAGCGGGCUGCAGCGGGGGGCCUGACUGAGGCCCCAGGAACCCCUCUCAACCAGGAGGAAGCAGAACUGGCCUACCUCACCCACGAGGGCCUGUUCAUCAGCGACGCUCUCAAUGAUGCCCGGCUGCACCUGGGGGCAAGCACAGGCCAGGAGCAGAGCUCCACCGUGGGGCCCAGGCAGGCCCUGUCACGUAUGGAUGGUUGUGGUAGUGACUCCGCCUCAGGGACCACCGAGUCGUCCUCCAGCAGGGAACACGCUUUCCAGCCAGGAGGGGCCGCCAUCUCGUCCAGUGAGGACAUGAUGCCCAGUGACCUGGAGCUGGGCCGCGUGGCCAAUAACAUCCAGGAGCUGCUCUACACCGCCUCAGACGUCAGCCACGACCGCUGUGUCAAAGUCCUCAUGGCCAGAGCCAAGGAUGGCUCCCUGGAGCGGCUGAGCUCGGCAGAGUUUGUGUUUCUGUCCCAGGCGGUGGAAGGCUUUGUGAGGGACACAGAGAAGCUGUGCUGCAGGCGCAGUGUGUCCCUAAGGGGGGCGCUACAGAGCCAGGCCAACCGCUUUGUCCACCGCUUCCACGAGGAGCGUAAGACCAAGCUCAGUCUGCUGCUGGACAAUGAGCGGUGGAAGCAGGCAGAGGUUCCUGCAGAAUUCCAGGACCUGGUUAACUCCAUAGCAGAUGGCAGGAUCACACUACCCGAACGCAAACCCCAAGGCACAGAAGAAAGGAAACCAAGUGAUUAUUUGCACAUUGAUGGCCAGAAAUAUGCUGUUGUUGGCACGGCGUUACUACUGAUCCGUGUCUUCCUGGAGUACUGUCAGUGUGUCAACGACAUCCCGUCCAUCUCCACGGACAUGCUCACCCGCCUCUCAGACCUACUCAAGCACUUCAACUCGCGGAGCUGCCAGCUGGUCCUGGGGGCAGGAGCACUUCAAGUGGUGGGACUCAAGACCAUCACCACUAAAAACCUGGCCCUGGCCUCUCGCUGUCUUCAGCUGGUGGUUCACUACAUUCCCAUCAUCAGGGCCCACUUUGAGACCACGCUGACACCCAAGCAGUACAGUGUCCUCAGGCACUUUGACCACAUCACUAAGGACUACAACGAUCACAUAGCGGAGAUCUCCGCUAAACUGAUGACGAUCAUGGACAGCUUGUUUGAGAAGGUGCUGUCUAAGUAUGAAGUUAAGGCCCCCAUGCCUUCGGCCUGCUUUCGCAACGUGUGUAAACAAAUGGGCAAAAUGCACGAAGCCCUUUACGAGCUCCUACCUGAGGAACAGGCACAGGUGUUGUUCCUGAGGAUCAAUGCAAGCUUUAAAAUGCACCUUAAAAGGCAGCUGGCCCGUCUCGGGGUGCACCACGACGGUGGACCUCAACAUGGGCUGGUGACGGUGGAUGUGGCAUUUUACACUGAGAACAUUCAAUCACUGAGGGCACUUGAAAAGCUGGACUUGAACAUGGCUGAGAUCUGGGAGCAGAAGAGGUGAUGAUGGGGGGAGUAGUCAUCCUACCUACAGUGUGACGCCAUGUUAACUCACCCUGGAGGGAAGGGAGAAACUAACUCUAAUCAGGUACUUGUUGUAAAGAGACUGUACCUGCUUCACCUUCCAGCAGUCAGCCUGCCCAGGGGACCAUGGAUUUCACUGAAGCCACCUGAGGGCACUGUCUGGGUACAGAAAGAGAGCUGAAGUCUGGUAGUGGUGGUGCUUCAAGGGAGAAACUGCCCCAGGAAGCAACGCUGUUGGACAAAACCCUGAAGCAGGACAGGCUAACGUAACAUGGCACCCUAUUCACUAUACCACCGCAUUAUAUAGGGUGCCAUUUUGGACACCGACAUGGGCUUUCUUGUAAAGAGCAGCUCCGCUGAGAUACGAGAGACUUUUAGGACACAACUAACUGCUGCCUGUCACAUCACACUGUGUUUAAUUCAAUUAUAGACUUUGAUGAUUGGCCUGAAAUGUCGACAUGGUUCAGAACAUGUCACUUACUGGAGAAGUGAUUUUUUUUUUUUCAGGUUGAAAACAUUGUUUUUCUCACGUCCGUCAACGAAUAACAAGGCCACUCUGACGGAUUCAGACCCGUGUUUAAGCUAAAUGGUCUUGUAAGUUGACCACUGGUCUUUCAUUGACGUCUAACAAUUUGCACUGAAUUCCGCGGUCCUAUAUUUAACCUUUUACUGUGCAAUUUCUCUCCAAUAAUAAUGCCACUGAGCAUUGCUAGUCAAUCUGGUUAGUUAAAUUGCUUGUCAGACAUUAUGCACAAUUGUUCCCCUCUCUGUAAUGACCAAGCUAAGUCAUUCUAUAGAAAGCAUUAUCUUCCAACCAGGCUACAUCAAAUGGGCAGUAAACUCCACUGCAUCAGUUCUAUCCAGCGCUCUCACCUGUUGUAUUGCAUGAACCAACAUUAGCCUCUGAUUGGUUUGUCUGUAGUCGAGCUCUAACCAAAAUAGUCUUAUUACCCAGUUCUAUUAACUGCCUGUCUGCACUGUGUGAACGUUACACCUCAUCCAAUGGUAUAUAAAAAGCGGUCUACUUCAAAAGUGCCUACUUUUGAUAACUGACAGACAAUAGUAAACUGUUUGAGUGCCUGUUGGACCCUCAUUGCUGCUCUGGGUAAGGAAGUGUGGCAAACUGAGAAUCUGACCGCAUGCCUGAGCGUUUUGUCUUGAACCCCAGGAAACUGAAUAAAACAUGGGACAAUAUGGAAGCAUU